UGAAGCAGGCCACUCACCACUCCACCCCUUCGCUCCCCUCUCCUCCAGACCAACGCAUGGGCUCCCGCAGCAUGCACAGAGAGCAGUGAGGGGAUAAAACUUUUCAGAAGAGGCACAAAUGUUUGGGAAAUCUGCCGCUGGCUUCCUGGGCAGAGCUACAUGCGCUGGGUGAGUGUUGGAGUUACCAAAGGAAACAAUCCCCCCUUUUUUUUUCCUGUGUGUGUGUGUGUUUUUUUUUGUCCGCCCUCGUGCAAAACAGCGGGAGCACAAAUUGGGCUAGAGAAGAUUUUGGAUGCAACAGCAAAGAGGACGACUAGCCAAAAGAGGAAAAGUUAGAUUAAUAAAACAGAGAGUGGAGCACCAGGACUUGGACAGAGAAGACAGGAAGGGAAGUAGCGGUCUGAAUUGGUGUCUCGAAGGAAAUCUUGGCAAAAUAAUUGAAAGAUACAAAUAACUAAAAAAGAACCCCACCUGAGCCACUUGUCUAGGUGGAGCAACCUACUUCUUUCCCUCUCCUCCCUCCCUCCAUCCAUCUCCCUCCCCACCUUUUCCCCCUAACAUGGGCCGACUGUUGGCCCCGACCCUCACCUACCUGGCCUACCUGCUGGCCGCUGUGAUUGGCUCCCAGCGCCAGCAGCACCGCGUGCAGCACGGCUCCUGCAGCUACACCUUCAUCCUCCCGGAGGCGGAGCACUGCCAUCCUGCGAAGGACUUCCAAGUCACCAACACCCUGCAGAGGGAUUCCCCGACCGAGGCCGAGCCUGAUGCCACAGAAUCCAAGGAGAGGCCUUCAUGGAACGAGAGGAAGUUGGAGAGUUUGGAGAGUGCCAUGGAGAACAACACUCAGUGGCUGCAGAAGCUGGAGAACUUCAUACAAGAGAAUGUACGCUCUGGCAUGGAGGAAAUCAAGAGGUCUGCUGUGCACACCCAGACAGCGGCCAUGCUGGAAAUGGGAACCAAUCUCCUCAGCCAGUCGGCAGAGCAGACCCGGAAGCUAACAGACGUUGAGACGCAGGUGUUAAACCAGACAAGUCGCCUGGAGAUCCAGCUGCUCGAGUACUCGCUCUUCACAAACCGUCUGGAGAAACAUAUUCUCCUGCAGACUCAGGAGAUCUCACGUCUCAGUGAAAAAAACAGUUUUCUGGAACAAAGGCUCUUAGCGCUGGAGGCUCGGUAUGGGAGGGAGCUGCAGGGCUUGGAAAGUGAAAAACAGCAGCUCCAUGAUCUUCUGGAGAGGCAGAGUCGACUGGUCAGUCGGCUUCAGGGUGAACUUGGAAGCUCCACGCUCAACAGCACAUCAUUACAGAGACAGCAGGCUGUGCUCACAGACACCGUCCAGCAGCUGCUGAGUAAAGUCAGUCACUGCAAUGAAAUCUCCAAUACGCCCAAGAAGGAGCCACUUAGUUUCAGGGACUGUGCUGAGAUCCUGCGAUCUGGCGUGAAAGAGAGUGGCGUGUACAGCAUACGCCUGCACAACUCCACGCAGGAUGUCAAGGUGUUCUGUGACAUGAAGACAAGAGGCGGAGGCUGGACUGUGCUGCAGCACAGAAGAAACGGCUCUGUGGACUUCCACCGCGGGUGGAGGGACUACAAAACGGGCUUUGGAGAGCCGUCCGGGGAACACUGGCUGGGGAAUGAUAUCAUCCACAAGCUGACCAGCUCCCGGGAAUACAGCCUGCAGGUCCAGCUAAAGGACAGGGAGGGGAGUGAGGCCUUUUCACAUUACGAUCGCUUCUCCAUAGACGGAGAGGACAAGAACUACAGCCUGCAUGCGGAGGGGUUUAGCGGGACCGCCGGCCGCACCAGCAGCCUCACCCACACCGGGAGCCAGUUCAGCACCAAGGACAGAGACAAUGACCGCUGCACCUGCAAGUGUGCGCAGCUCGCGUCUGGAGGUUGGUGGUUUGAUGCGUGUGGGCCCUCCAACCUCAACGGCAUAUAUUACCCCGCCUCCUCCAGCGUGGUUCGCUACAACGGCAUCAAGUGGUACUACUGGAAAGGUCCGAAUCUGAUGGCUACUACGACGACGAUGAUGGUGCGCCCCGCUCACUUCUGAGGGCGGAUUACAAGCUGCCCGUCCAUCUACAUCUAUGGAACAAAGCGUGCACGGGAGAAGGUUGACUUUGGGGAAAAGAAUCAUCCAAUACGACGACAAUCUAAUCUGAAUGUCUCGUUAUUAAAAAAAAAAAUGUAAAAGAAGAAGCCAAGAGGAAAGAUGGUUUGUUUUUGAGUCCAAAGGCAAAGGUUCAGCUUGACAGAUACCUCUGACAUCUUGUUCUAAACACUCAUUUUUUAUCUCCUUUUGGGAAUUUUUGUGCACUAAAAGUUCAUGUUUAAGGGCUUACGAAUCAAAAGGAAGAAAUGAUGGUAAGAAAAUAUUCUUACUGUAAAUCACUUUUCAGACCGUACUGCAAUCCAGGCGCUUUUUUGAAGGACACCCUGAGCCGAGCUGCCAGUUUCAGCUUCUGGACAUCUUAAAUGGAUGCUUUGAGGAUCAUGUGUAAAAAGGACAAAGAAUAUCAGAAGACAGCGAACCCUCCAUGUCAGGACGCUCUGUAUUCCAGGCUACAUGUUGAGAAUUGUCAUAGCCAAUGGUAUUACCAUUGCCACAAUGAAAAUAAUGUUUUUUUUUUCAAAUACACAUUGCUUUAAAUUUACAUGGAAUUACUAUUAAUAAUCUCUGAUUUAAACAUUUUGGACAUUCCUAGAGGACUACAGAAUUUUUAAAUGAGGACUUUAUAUUUUCUUCAAUUGUGUUAAAAUAUUGAUUGAAUUUUUGUUUUGUUUUAAAAAAGACUAUGAAACUAAACCUGUUUUUUCAACAGAUAUGCCAAAUGUUCAUGUAAUACCCAAGCUGAAAUUUUGUGAGACCUUUAAGAUCUGAAAAGCCUACUUAAUGUUUAUUUGUUGUAAGAUAUUCUUUUAGAAAAUGUCAAAAAUGCCAUUAGUGAUGUGAUUUAAAGAAAAAAAGGUAAGUUUUACAGGGUUGACAUUGAAUGUUUCAUAAACUUUUGAUUUUUUUUUAUAGUGGACUUUUUACAUUUGUGUGACCGUUUUAAAGCAUCUAAAGGUGUAACUGCGCACACGCUGCUGAAGAUGUAGCACACUUCAAUGGCUUAACACGUUCAUAAAACAAAACAACCAUAAAGAAUAGUGAGCAUAGCAGUUUUUGCCCUUUGCUGUAUAUCCCAAAGGGCUUCUCAGAAUGAAAUAUCUUCAGUUCUUUCCACACACACCUCUCAUAAAACUUUAUUUGUGCGACGUUUGGCUCGUAACAGUACAUCAUAUAGUUCCACAGCUGUGAUUUACCUUAAAAAAUUUUAACAUUUGUAACAACAUCUGGAAACAGAGCUGUAAAUUCCAUUUUGAUUUUGUAUAAACUAUAAA